AUGUUCAAUUAUAUGCAAAUACAUUUAUACUUUAUAAUACCACCAAUCGUACUCCUAGGAUUGAUAUAUCAUCCUUUAAUUGGUAGAAGAGAAAUACUAAAGUUCAUAUGGCUGGGAUUUAUGGCAACGAUAUGGACAACGCCAUGGGAUAAUUUCAUACUGUCGCAUCAAGGUUGGUCAUAUCCUCCAGGAUCGGUAAUUGGUAGGAUAGGAUAUAUACCUAUUGAAGAACAUAUGUUUUUCAUCUUACAACCUAUCCUAGCCAUAUUAUUGAAUCUGAUAUGUACACAUGCGAGACCGAUACCGUUCGACUUGAAUCUCAAGAUCACUUCCCAGGACUUGGCUAGUAAUGUUGAAGAAGAUGUACUAGGUCAGACAUUCGGAGAAGAUACUUUGAACGGUAUAAAAGGUGAUUCAUCCCAAGAACCAAUACCGAAGUCAACGUCAAAUAUAGAAGAGAAAAUACAAACACUCCCUCGAAGACCUUUCGUCUCAUUAAUAUGGAUUGCAUUAUCCUUGAUUGGUCUCAGAUUAAUCAUGAAGACUCAGGAAUAUCAGAAAUUAUCUUAUGGGUUAAAUGAGGAAAUGUUCUAUCUCGGUUGGAUAUUAGUAUGGAUUUGUCCAGUCAUUUCAUUCUUGAUAUUUUUGGGAGCGAGGUGUACGAGAGAAGAUUGUUUGGCACUUUGGAUAGGAACUUCAUGGCUAUGGUAUGUUGAUACAUUCGCAUUAACGAGUGGUAGUUGGUCAAUAUCAAGACAAACUACAUUAGGUGUGGAGUUAUGGUCAGGGCUGCCAAUUGAAGAAGCACUCUUCUUUUUCCUCACGACAUAUCUCAUAAUCCUCUCAUCGUCUUUGAUUACACAUCUGCACACCCUUCUUCUGCUCUGUCCCGAACUUCCUCCUUGUCCACCUUCCAAUCCAAUCUCGCACAUCGCCUUACUCGCGAAAGUAGCUCUCAACCGUCCUAAGGUGGAUAAGCGUGUAUUGACUGGAUUGCAAGAAGCAGAAAAAACGCUAAAAAAGGGAAGUAGUAGUUUCAGCGUAGCGAAACUUGCUUUCGGCAGAGAAAUGAGAAUUGGUUUGGUGGUGAUCUAUGCUUGGUGCAGGGUGACUGAUAACCUGAUCGACGAUCCUUUCCCUACAUCUCGCGAAGGAGAAACUCCUUCCCGUGAAUCACUAGAUUCAGCUAGACUAGCAAUCCUUUCUGCAAUCCGACAACACCUAAUAAAGACAUACGAUCUCGCUUCAGAAUAUCCAGCACCAAUUUACCCUAUUCAUAUAUUGAAUAAAACGUUAGACCAAAUACCAAACCUGACGCAAUCCGAUCGAUCAGCAUUUCAUUUGUUCUCAUUAAUAAUACCACGUCUCGUUCCCAUAUACCCUUUUCUGGAAUUGUGUGACGGCUAUUUGACUGAUCUCAAAUUCCCCUCACGUCCUAUUUCGACCUUGUCAGAAACCGAAAACCUAACGGAUCACUUACCUAUCAAAACUGGCGGAGAUUUAAUGAAAUAUGCAGAUGACGUAGCUGGAAGCAUAGCAAGUGCGAUCUGUUAUCUAUCUUGGUCGAUCCUUGAUUCAUCAUCGUCAUCAAACAGGCCGGUGGAAGAAUAUACUUUUGCGAAAGAAUUACACAUUCAACAUACUUCAAGUGGAUCCAAUGAGAAUCAAGAACUAAUAAAGAGAUUGAGAGUCAUUCGGUCAGCUAGAGAAAUGGGUCGAGGACUUCAACUAGUCAACAUAUCAAGAGAUAUCGCGAAAGACGCUCUGAUAACGAGAUUAUACGUUCCUAUAUCAUCAUUCAGAUCUGCAAAACCGAUUCUUGGAAUCUUAUUUCCCUCUAAAUCACCUGCACCUCCACCUUCCUACGCCCCCUACUCUCUUCCACUGCUAGAUAUAGCAGAUGAUAUACGUCUCAGAUCAGAAGGGGCCAUUGAAGAUUUACCCAGAACAGCAAGGGGUGGUACGAGAGCGAUGGUGUCUAGUUAUUUCGAAAUCGCUUAUGCUGUAAGAGCGAAUAAAGGUCAAGUGGAUGAGAAAGGUAUCAGAGUCAGUAAAUUCAAAAGGAUAAGGAGAGCAAUGAAAGCUAUGUGGAUCGGGUCAUGA